CACAGACACAUAGCUGGACUUGUGCUUUGCAUAAGCAAGUACAAAUAGGCCACCCUGAUUUCAUUCACAUUCUUUCAUUCUUUCCCCAUCUCUUUUGUUUUUUUAUCCAAUCAUUGAAAAAUAGACACUCCACCUAUACCUGAAUCCUAAACCUGGUUCAUCGGUCAAGGAAGUGAGGAAGUGUGCAUUCUUUGAGAGCCUUAAAAUGGGCAAAACCGGUGCUUUACUCCAUCUGGUUUUGGCCGUCUUGGUUCUCUUGAGCUCUUCCAUUAGAGCAGAGAAUCCUUAUAAGUUCUACGAGUUCCAUGUCACUUACGGGAAAGUUAACCUCCAUGGGUUUGAACAGCAGGUGAUACUCAUUAACGAUCAAUUCCCCGGGCCAACACUGGAUGUUACCACUAAUGACAAUGUAUUCAUUAAUGUCUUCAACUACUUGGACGAGCCCUUCCUUUUGACAUGGAAUGGGAUAAAGCAGAGGAAGAACUCGUGGGAAGAUGGCGUUUUGGGAACUAAUUGCCCCAUCCCACCCAACAAAAACUACACCUAUAAGAUGCAGAUGAAAGAUCAGAUUGGAACCUACACAUACUCCCCCUCCUCUGCUAUGCAUAGGGCCUUUGGAGGGCAUGGAGCUCUUAAUGUUCAUGCCAGAGCAGUCAUUGCAGUUCCUUAUGCAAAACCAGAAGCAGAAUUCAAUUUACUAAUUGGUGAAUUGUUCAAGUACACAGAUCACAAAGAGCUAAAACAAAAACUGGACUCUGGAAAACCUAUGUUGCCCUUUCCUUCUGUCGUCCAUAUAAAUGGCCAGGAACAACAAACCUUCACCGGAGACCAAUAUAAAACCUAUAUGUUCAGAAUUUCAAAUGUGGGGUUGAAAACAUCAUUUAACGUGAGAUUUGAAAAGCAUACCAUGACACUAGUAGAGGUUGAAGGAUCUCAUGUGGUACAAAAUGACUACACUAGCCUCGAUGUUCAUGUGGGACAAUCUAUAACCGUCCUUGUCACCUUAAACCAGCCUCCCAAGGACUAUUAUAUCGUUGCAUCUACAAGGUUCAUCGGUCGUCUUCUUAAUGCCACUGCCGUACUCCAUUACUCUAACUCUAAAACUCCUGUGUGUGGCAUUGUACCACCUGCUCCAAGGGGGCAGCUUCAUUGGUCUGUACAGCAAGCCAGAUCAAUCAGGUGGAACUUGACAGCAAAUGCAGCGAGACCCAACCCGCAGGGUUCCUAUCACUAUGGGGGGAUUAAUAUAACAAAGACAUAUGUUUUUGCUAAUUCUGCACCUAUUAUUGAUGGGAAGCAAAGAUAUGCUAUCAACAAUAUCUCUUACAUCAACCCAACCACUCCACUCAAGCUUGCUGAUGCACUCAAAAUCCUAGGAGUGUUCACCUUUGCUGAUUAUUCCAUUGAUCAGUAUCUGAGUUCAACUGCUAUUCCUCCUCACCUAGCCACUUAUGUGCUCCCGACUACCCUCCACGACUUCGUUGAGAUCGUUUUCCAAAACAGCGAGAAGUUCAUGCAAACAAUGCACUUGGAUGGUUAUGAUUUUUGGGUUGUCGCUUUUGGCUCAGGCAAAUGGACUGAAGCUAGUAGGAAGAAAUACAAUCUUCAUGAUGCUCCUACCAGGCAUACUACACAGGUUUACCCUAAUUCUUGGACGACUAUACUCGUAUCCUUGGAUAACAAAGGAAUGUGGAAUCUGAGGUCUGCAAUGUGGGAGAGGACAUACCUGGGACAGCAACUCUAUUUCCGCGUCUACAACGAAGGAGAUAGUCCCCGCGAUGAAAAUCCUAGGCCUUCUAAUGCUCUACUUUGUGGCAAAGCUGACCCCCACCAUCGUUGAUUCGACUGCCGGCCGGCCGGUUUAAUUCUCGUACCUCGUACUCCUUGAUUGUUUGUUUUUCACACAAAAGCCACGCCAUAUAUGAACUAUAUAUACACCGUUUUGUAACUUCUGUAUGCAUGUUUUCUUGUACAACGAAAAAGGAUUAUUUAUACUUCUGCCACAUACAUAUACAAAAGUUUACUCUAUAUGUAUGGAGUUUAUAUGUAUUUAAGUCGUUCACCUUGUUUAUAUGUAUUCCAUCUUUUGUUAAUUAAGAAAGUGAUCCGUU